AUGGGUGAUAACAAUAAAGAAUUUCGUAAAGACCUUUACGAUAUCAUUAUUAAACAAAUAUCUCGAAACAACGAGGUAAAAACUGCCCAUAAAUGCAUCGAAACACUAUGCAGAGUCGUAACCAAUAUAUUGGACGACCCUAAUGAUGAAAGGAAACGCAAACUGAAGGAAACAACCAACACAUUCCAAUCAACUAUACGUGGAGCCCAGGGUGGCGUCGAAUUUCUUGUAAGACUUGGAUUCAGGUCUAGAGUAAUUAACUUUGAAAAAUUCUAUGUCUUGGAACUUUCAAUCACCGAAGACUCUCCUGACAUGGAAAAACUUAAAGUAGCUCAAGAAUUACUCGCUGACUUCUUGAAGAAAGUUAAAGAACGUGCAGAAUUAGUUUCUAAUAUGCAAGCCAAAGAAAAAAUUGCAGAAGAGUUACAGAAGAAAGCAGUGUUAGAAAAGAUUGAAGAGGAUAGAGAAAAUCGUGCAGCCGCCCGUGAAAGACUCAAAACGAGAAGACAACACCAAAAAGAAACACAAAUAGUUGACGAAGAAUCGAAUUCUACUUCGACUAAUGACCAACCACUACAGCCGGAACAAUUUUACAAAACUUAUCAUCAUUCGCACUACCGCCAGCAUGAUCAUGAGGAGCAAGAUGAGCUUUAG